UUUACUGUAUAACUAUAUUUCAUCUAGAUGGUACACCUAGGUUUCCUACCACAACAAGAUUUCAAGGUGAUUGAAAAUGAUUCGAUAAGUUUACAAAGCAUGUCUUCUUUGGGGCGUGUAGGCCGGAUUUUGGCUGGUAGUAUAGAUCCGUCAGGCAUUAGCAUUGACCGGGAAUUCCUUGCCAGCAGUACUAUUGCUGAGAGUGGCCAGCAACCACCAUCAUUUCAACAAUUGCAACAACAACAACAGCUUCAACAAUAUCAACAACAACUAAAUAACUCAAACGUUGGCAGUGGAGGAAUAACAGAAACGAGUACAUUAAAACACGCUGGUACCCAGUCCAAUGCAAACGAUGUUGAUGUUAAUCGCAUCCCAUCAUCGUUGGAAAUUUCGUUUAAACAACCUCAGCUUGGUUCGAACACAACACAAGUUCCUGCUUUGUCUACAGAAAACAAAGUCGUCCUUCAAGAACCAGACGUUAUAGCGAGCACAAAAUUGGCACAUUCGAAAACUACCGAUUCUAUAACGUCAAGCGGGCCAAUAGCACCGCCUAGACGUAAGAAAAAAUGUAGAAAAUUUUCUUCCAGUUCUCCGGAACAAUUUAAUUUAAAUGAAGGUAUGCCUUUGCCGGCAGUUGACACAGACACGAACAGCGAUGCAAGGUCGGUGAAUAGUGUACUGGAUGUGCAGCAGAAAUUACGUGAGGAUCUGGUGAAGGAUAUAGAAAACAGUUGGGCAGAAACUGCUUCAUUGACAAAUAAACGAAAUGAGAUAGUUUUUUGUACUGGCGGAUUCUUUAACUCGACUAUAUUGGGUGUUAGCGGAUUUAAUGCUAAUGCUUCGUCUAAUACGGCUUUGAAUGCUUCUAACAGUUUGAUGGCCCUUCGUCGUCAACAGCAUCUCAUAGUCAAACAUUGACCUGUAAUACCGCUUUAGGGGGAU